CGUGUUGGGACACAGUGCUGUAUUUGUAAACUUAAGGGCCCACGCCCAUGGAUGUCUCCCGCUCCAGCACGCAAGCGCAGUGACACUCCUGUCAAACAUGGCUGUGCUUUGGAAGCAGGAAAAAUGCUGAUUUGUGUUGGUGUAUCUUGGGAAAGGCAGCAGACAUGGCCAGAUUUGCUGACUAUUUUAUUGUCGUGGGAUACGAUCAAGAGAAAGCCGGUUCAGGGGAGGGAUGUGGAAAGAUCAUUCAGCGAUUCCCCAAGAAGGACUGGGAGGGAACGGCGUUUCCUCAGGGGGUGGAGAUGUUCUGCCAGCCUGGAGGUUGGAAGCUGUCCAGGGAUAGGAAAGCCCCCACCUUCUUCACCGUUGUGCUGACGGAUAUCGAUUCAGACCGACACUACUGCUCCUGCCUCACUUUCCAUGAGGCUGAGGUCAAUCUGCAGGGAUCAAAGAGUAUUGAGGCUGAUGGAGAUGACGAUGAGGAGGCAGAGGAGGAUGGUCUGAUCCAACCAGCUCAAGUGUUUGCACCAAAAAGUCUCAUUCUCGUGUCCAGGCUGGAUUAUCCCGAAAUAUUCCGGGGGUGUUUGGGUCUAAUCUACACAGUGCACAUCGAUAGCCUAAAUUUUCCUUUAGAGGGUCUGGUGGCUAGCCUCUUUACCUUCCAGGUGCCUGUUGCUGGUGGAUCCCAGAAGUUGUUUAGCCUGGGAGCAGGUGACCGGCAGCUCAUCCAGACGCCUCUGAACGACACGUUGCCUGUCACAUGUAAAAGUGUUGCUCUGCUCUUCCAGCAGCUGGGAAUCCAAAAUGUUCUAAGCCUGUUUUGUGCGGUUCUGACUGAACACAAGGUUUUGUUCCACUCCACCAGUUACCAGAGGCUUGAAGAGGCGUGUCGCGCCCUGGAAGCCCUCAUGUUUCCCCUGAAAUACAGUUACCCAUACAUCCCUAUUCUGCCUUCGCGGCUGCUGGAGGUGUUGAGCUCACCCACCCCCUUCAUCAUCGGAGUGCACUCCAUGUUUCAGACUGAAAUCCAGGAUUUGCUAGAUGUUAUUAUUGCUGACCUUGAUGGAGGAACAAUAAAGAUUCCUGAGUGCAUCCAUUUGUCCCUGCUCCCUGAACCUCUGUUACACCAAACACAGACUUCCCUGUCCCUGGUUUUGCAUCCUGAUCUGGAGAUAGCAGACAAUGCGUUUCCUCCGCCUCGCACUGCACCCUCCAACCUCAAGUUAUUGGACAAGGAGGUGAGGUCUGUCUUUCUCAGGUUGUUUGCACAACUCUUCCAGGGCUACAGGUCUUGCUUGCAGCUUAUCCGCAUCCAUUCUGAACCUGUUAUUCACUUUCACAAGACUGCCUUCCUGGGCCAGCGAGGCCUCAUUGAGAAUGAUUUUCUGACCAAGGUUUUGGAUGGCAUGGCCUUCGCUGGCUUUGUCUCAGAGAGAGGUCCGCCUUACAGAGCCUGCGAUCUCUUUGAUGAGCUGGUGGCCUUAGACACUGACAGCUUCAAGGAAGAAGAGGUCAGCCCUGCCAAGCUGCAGAAGCACAUCAGGGUAUUCUCUGAGCAGCUUUACCGAAAUGAGAACCCAAACCCCCAUAUGGCAUUCCAGAAAGUGCCUCGGCCGUCGGAGGGAUCCCACUUGCGGGUGCACCAGAUACCCUUCCCUGUGCUGGAUGACGAAAAGGUGGAGAAGAUGCUACAGGAGGGUGUGGCAAAACACAGCAGCGCACCUUCUUCUACACGACCUGAGAGGAAGUGUGUAGUACCUGCCGGACCACCUGUUGUGCCCAUAAUGGGUAAGAUUGGCUCCGUGUUUAACAGCGCUCGCAGGCUGGAGGUGGUGCGGAGCUGCAUUUCCUUUGUCUUUGACAAUAAGACCCUGGAGACUGAAAAGACACUUCCGGCUGCACUGCGAGCACUGAAAGGCAAGGCAGCUCGCCAGUGUCUGACUGAGGAACUAAGUCUUCACGUUCAGCAGAAUCGCGCCAUACUGGACCACCAACAGUUUGAUUACAUCAUUCGUAUGAUGAACUGUGCCCUUCAGGACUGCUCCAGCUCAGAGGAGUACACGGUGGCUGCUGCACUGCUGCCCCUGUCAACGGCCUUUUACAGGAAAUUGGCUGCUGGGGUGGACCAAUUUGCCUACACCUGCAUUCAGGACCAUCCCAUCUGGACCAACCAGCAGUUCUGGGAAGCCACUUUCUACAGCGAGGUCCAGAGUCAGAUCCGAUCCCUUUAUCUCAACACCCCAGAGGGAAAACACGGCAUCACUGCUCAUCUAAAGGAUGCAAGCCCUGAGCCUGCAGCGGGCAGAGAUGAGGAACACACAGCCAUGGACCUGGCAGCAGAGCAGCUGCGUUCGUGGCCCAGCCUGAGCAAGGAGAAGCAGCAUGAGCUGGUUAAGAAUGAGGAGAGCACUGUGUUCAGCCAGGCCAUCCACUACGCCAGCCUCAUGGUUUACCUGCUAGUUCCUUUGGACACCAGCAAGAUCCGGCUGCUGCGCAACGCCCCUGUCGCCGACUGGGAGAGCGGUAGCAACAGUAUCGUCACAAACAGCAUUGCUGGUAGCGUCGCAGAGAGCUUUGACACAGAAAGCGGGUUUGAGGACUCGGAGAACAGCGAUGUGGCCAACUCUGUGGUCAGGUUUGUUGCCCGCUUUAUCGACAAGGUGUGCACAGAGAGUGGAGUUACCCAGGAACACAUCAAGAGCCUGCACUCCAUGAUCCCAGGCAUUGUAGCUAUGCAGAUGGAGGCUCUGGAGGCAGUUCACAGAGAGAGCCGGAGGUUGCCUCCCAUUCAGAAGCCUAAGAUUCUGCGUCCUGCACUGCUUCCUGGAGAGGAGUUGGUUUCAGAGGGGUUGCGGGUGCUUUUGGACCCUGACGGCAGGGAGGAGGCUACUGGGGGCCUCCUGGGGGGGCCUCACAUCCUGCCAGCAGAGGGAGCCCUCUUUCUCACCACAUACCGCAUCAUUUUCAAAGGCACCCCCCAUGAUCCAUUGGUGGGGGAGCAGGCAGUGAUCAGAGCUUUCCCAGUGUCCACAUUGACCAAAGAGAAGAAGAUCAGCAUUCAGAACCAGCUGCAGCAGAACAUGCAGGAAGGCCUGCAGCUCCGCUCUGCAUUAUUUCAGCUGAUAAAGGUGGCUUUUGAUGAGGAGGUGAGCUCAGAGAUGGUGGAGAUCUUCAGGAAGCACCUCCAGAGGAUCCGUUACCCACAGUCCAUCUUCAGCUCCUUUGCGUUUGCAGCAGGACAAACAGCACCUCAGCCAAUACUUAUAAAACAAAAAGAGAGGAACACUGGCUUUAGAACACUGUCCAAAACUAUUGUCAAGGGAGCAAAGAAGGCUGGAAAGAUCACCAUGGGCCGUGGCAGCCAGACCACACUGAAGAAGAACGACAGAGGUAGCAGGAUGACCUGGCAUGAAGAUGAUGACAUUUCAAUAUCCGAUGACGGUGAGCCGCCGCCCAGCAGCACUUUGCGAGCAUCAGAGAAGUCCACCAUGGAGCAGCUGGUAGAGCAGUCCUGUUUCCGUGACUACCAGCGUCUGGGCCUGGGCACCAUCACCGCCAGCUCAUCUCGCUCCAAGUCAGGCGAGCAGUUCAGGAUCACAGCCGUGAACAGACUCUACUCCCUCUGCCGCAGUUACCCGGGGCUGUUGGUGGUUCCUCAGGCAGUACAGGACAGCAGUUUACACAAAGUGGCCCGCUGCUACAGACACAACCGUCUGCCUGUUGUGUGUUGGAAACAUCCUCGCACCAAAGCCAUGCUGCUCCGCUCAGGAGGCUUCCACGGCAAGAGUGUUGUGGGAUUGUUCAAGUCCCAGAAUCCCUCCUCAACAGCUCCUGCCUCAUCCUCAGAUUCGUCCAGUAGCCUUGAACAAGAGAAGUACCUGCAAGCCAUCCUCAACUCCAUCCCUAUUUACUUCAAAAUGAACGGAAACAACAGCCUGUCCAACCGCUCCCUCAUCGGCCUCUCACCAGGCAGUGACAGGAGGACAUCUAGGAUGUCAAAGAUGGCUCCUGUCCAUUUAGACCUCCCAUUCUCAAACAGCUUUACCAGAGGAGUGCUUGAGUACAGAGAUAAACUAUUCACUCACUCAAACCAAAAACCUGCCAGUAAGGAGAGAAUCCCUCAUCAAGGCAUGUGGGCUAGCCUGCGCUCCAGCAGCAGACUCAGCCAUCACCCGUUGACAGCAGAUGUGGGUGCCAGACUAGCAGGGAAGGAUCUGGCGCCCCCUGCAGGUAGCAGCAGUCUGCAGGCGCAGCUCCUGAAACAGCAAGCUGCCCUCUACGUCUUUGGAGAAAAGUCCCAUUUAAGGGGCCUCAGAGUGGACUCCUCUCUGAACUGUGAACUGGUGCCGGUGGACUUUGCAGACACGAGGCAGGUGAAAGCCUCUUUUAAGAAGCUGCUAAGAGCCUGCGCUCCCAGUGCCACCUCGUCAGACUCGGAGGACUCCUUCCUCAAAGCUUUGGAGGAUUCUGAAUGGAUCCUACAGCUUCACAAGAUCCUGCAGUUGGCACUGAUUCUGGUGGAGCUUCUGGACAGCGGCUCAUCUGUUCUCCUCAGCCUAGAGGAUGGCUGGGACAUUACCACACAAGUGGUGUCUUUGGUGCAGCUGCUGAGCGAUCCUUUCUACCGGACUCUGGAGGGUUUUCAGGUGCUGCUGGAGAAAGAAUGGCUGUCCUUUGGCCACAAGUUUAGCCAGCGAGGCAACCUGAGUCCCAGCAGCCAGGGCGGUGGCUUUACACCCAUCUUCCUGCAGUUCCUGGACUGUGUGCACCAGAUUUUGGAGCAACAUCCUCUGGAGUUUGAGUUUAAUCAGUAUUAUCUGAAGUUCCUGGCCUAUCAUCACAUCUCUAACCGCUUCAAGAACUUCCUGUUGGACUCAGACUAUGAGCGUUUGGAACAUGGGACGUUGUUUGAGGAUAAAGGUGACAAACAGGCCCGAAGAGGUAUCUGUAUCUGGGAAUGCAUCAACAGGAUGCACAGGAGGAGUCCCGUCUUCUUCAACUAUCUGUUCAGCCCCUCAGAGAGCGACGUGAUCCUGAAGCCUUCGAUCAGCAUCCCAAACUUGAAUAAAUGGGACUUCUUCACGGAUGAGACUCUGUCCACGGGGCCGUGUUACGACUGGAGGAUGAUGGCCGCACGGUCCGACAGCUCAGAGGAGGUGGACACGCUCUCCAACAGUAAGAGAAGGAUCGUGUGGCCAUGUUACAGCAGCGUGAGCCGCGCCCAGCCGGACGCCAUCACCAAACUCCUCACUGACAUUGGGAGGCUGGAGGGUGAGCUGAAUCAGGCCUCUGAGAAAUGGCAGACAACUCUGGAGAGAGUCCGAAUCAGCAUUCAGGAAGACCUCGCGCAGGAAGGAAAUCUCCGUAAACGUCCAGUGCGGUUUCCAGGCUCUCAGCCUCAUUCCCGUCAGCUGCGGGCUUUCAGACGGCGCUCACAUGCCAUGACACCUGCCGACAGCGGGCCUUGGCGAAGCCGACCACUGAAGACCAGCAAGCGAGUCUACAACUUCUGUGCUUCAGAUGCGCCCAGCGCUCAGCUGUGGAUGGACAAGAUCCAGAACUGCAUCUCUGAUGCCUGA